AUGGCCACCGCUCAGACUGCUGACCCCCUCUCGGGACACCCCGGUCACCUCGACGCCGCUCAGGAGGCUGCCCUCAAGCAGUUCCGCGAGGAGCUCAUUGCCGAGGGCCUCUACCCCACCGACCUCGAUGCCGCCAUCGCCGCGGUCGGCUACAACCGCUACGACGACCAGACGCUGCUCCGCUUCCUCCGUGCGCGCAAGUUCGACAUUCCCAAGGCCAAGCUGAUGUGGGCCGAGAACGAGAAGUGGCGCAAGUCGUUCGGCGCCGAUGACCUCGCCAACAAGCUGACCCACAGGAACGGCUUUGACUACAAGGAGGCCAAGGAGGUCGACAAGUACUACCCCCAGUUCUACCACAAGACGGACAAGGACGGAAGGCCCGUCUACAUUGAGCAGCUCGGCAAGCUGGACGUGAACGCGCUGUACAAGAUUACGACGCAGGACCGCAUGCUGCAGCACCUCGUGUACGAGUACGAGACGUUCCUUUCUCAGCGUCUGCCUGCCUGCUCUAAGGUCUCGGGCAAGCUCGUUGAGACCUCGUGCACGAUCCUCGACCUGCACAACGCCGGUAUUUCGACCUUCUACAAGGUCAAGGACUACGUGUCUGCCGCCUCCUCGAUCGGCCAGAACAACUACCCCGAGACGAUGGGCAACAUGUUCAUCAUCAACGCGCCGUACCUGUUCUCGACCGUGUGGUCGCUCGUCAAGCCCUGGCUUGACCCGGCGACGCAGGCCAAGAUCCACAUCCUUGGCAAGAACUACCAGAAGGAGCUCCUCGAGUACAUUCCCGCCGAGAACCUCCCCGCCAACCUCGGCGGCAAGUGCAACUGUGCCGGCGGGUGCUCGCUCUCCAACGCCGGACCCUGGAACGUCGUCGCCCAGGAGGGCGCUGUCCCCGCCACGGCUUAA